AUGAAUUUCGACAAAGCAGUACAAGGAGCUUUAGAUACGCUUAAACUAGGCAAAGACUUCAAGAAGAAGAACGAAUUGCCUUUUACUUACACUGAUUUCUUUGCUGAGAAAAGUAGUGUAUUAGAAACUUUAGGACUUUCAUGGCGGCAAAGAGCCGGAUGUAUCUUAGUUUGUUUAGUUCUCUCUUUCUUCUGCUUUACUAAGGCUUUAAUGAGUACUCUAAGCUUCCUUGGAUCUCCUGAGAGUGUUGUUUUUUACUAUGCUUUAUGUGGUUUCUUUAGUUUGAUAGCCUUAGGCUUCUUUAGUGGGUUUAAAACAGUCUGUAAGAAUGCUUUCUCUAAAGAGAUGGUUGUUUAUACAACUGUUUUACUAGCUAAUUCAAUCUUACUGACUAUCUCUUCCAAAAGCUGGAAUUACUUUAUAAGGAUGUUUAUUUCAGUUGUUGAGUUAAUUGGUUUCUUCUUGUUUAGUUAUACUUACUUUGCACUUAAGCUGAAAAUGGGUAUGCGGGGUAUAUCUGCCUUUUCUAUGUUCUAA